AUGCGAACAACUCAAAUGGGUCCUGGACGAUUUCAAAUGAUGCAAGAACAAGUAUGUGAUGAAUGUUCAAAUAUAAAAUUUGUUACAGAAGAAAUGGUAUUAGAAAUUGACGUAGAACCAGGUGUAGCUGAUGAAUAUCAAAUACCAUUUAUGGCUGAAGGAGAACCUCAUAUUGAGGGUGAACCAGGUGAUUUGAAAUUUAUUAUUCGUAUUCAAAAACAUGCAAGAUUCGAACGUAAAAAUAAUGAUUUAUACACAAAUUUAACAAUAACUCUGGAAGAUGCACUUAAUGGUUUUGAUGUAUCAUUUCCUCAUCUUGAUGGACAUAAUGUAACAAUUAAACAUCAAAAAAUUACUUGGCCUGGUGCUCGAAUAAAGAAAAAAGGUGAAGGUCUACCACAACAUGAUCAAAAUAAUAUUGUUGGUGAUCUUUAUGUUACAAUUGAUGUUGAUUUUCCUAGAGGUGAAUUCAAUGAUGAACAACGAGAAGCUAUUAAAACUUUAUUACAACAAGCAUCGAAACAUCGAUUAUAUAAUGGCUUAUAG